ACAUUCGAGUUCCAUUGAAUAGUAUACAGCCGCCCAUUGCCAUUGCCACGCAGUAUUGAACGACUACACGCAUCAGAGCCAAGCUCGAAGUCAUCAGCGCAGACGAUCGAGCUGUAUAUUACAGCGAUAGCUACAAAAAUACCGCGGUUUCAAAAAUCACGUCGCUGCUCGCGGAAGCUCAAGUUUCCCCGACUUUGCAGCACUUCCAUCGAUUUAUGAUAUAUAAAAUCGACAGCUAGGCAUCACUGCCGACUUACACCUGUGUUUUCAAACUGGUUGUGAGGCCGAGCAAGCGACGAGACCUGGAAAUCCGAGAUUGUGCUUUUAACCUUGAUUUCUCUCCAGAGAGUGGGAUUCUCCUACUACUACGCAACGCAAUCACGGCACGGCGUCUUUCUUUCUUUCUUUCUUCUUGUUUCCUCCGGAAACAAAUCACGAAUCCUUUGACAGUGUUUACAGCGGAUAAGGGGAGGUCGCUUUGACAUGAGUAUUCUCUUGAUUGCUGGUAGGAAGUAAGCCAACAGCUUCAAAUCUUCAUAAGAUCACUCUGAAGAGGAUUAUACACCGUCUUCUUGUUUCGAGUAGGACAGACGAUAUGAACAACAACAACAACAGCAAUUUCUCAACCGGGUCACCGAGUAUGAAGGUUGGGGAGUUACCAUUCACUCUCCAUCGGAGAAGCUGUCCAUGGAGUCAGACGACGACAACGGACCAAAACAGCAACAAUCAACCAUCACCUACACAUCAACGGCCGUCGCCACUCACGGCGUUACUCUUCGAAGCAAACGAGUCAUCAUCGUCGCCGACGCCGUCAACGGGUCCACCGACGCCCCCGUCAUCGCCACCCGAUUCUGCACCCACAUCAACGGCCACGACGACUACGCCACAGAUUUUCGCGUCACAACGAUGUUCAUGCCCGUGCAGCGACUGCGUCAAGCUUGUCCGUGACUCGACGUGUGGUAUGGAUAUGGACUUGGCGCGUUGGUUGACGAAAUGUGCCGAAUUCGGCACAGGACAUACAAGCUUAGCAAACAUUAAUGUACACGAUAGGCAAUUAUUGGUAUGUUCUGCCUGGAAAGACAUUGUUAUCCUGUACAUGGCACAGAAUAAGUUCAAUUUCGAUGUCGUUUACUCUAGCAUGCUCGAAUACCUUCAACAUGUACCCAUUCACCAAUAUGUCCAAACGAACACGACGCAUCAUACGGUGGACGCUCAGUUCCAGGCGGAUUUUAUCGCAAAGACUGGACUAGUUUCUCAGACCUACGUGCAUCCUCUGAGGAGAGGUAGCGACUUUGGAAUACCAACCAUGAGAACUGUUAACCAGCUCCAAUUCACAUUAUCAAAGCUCAACCAGAUGCAACUUGACUCGAAGGAAUAUGCCGUGUUGAGGAUACUGCUCCUCUUGAAUUCCGAUCUGCAUUCGUUGACGGAUAGCCGAGCGAUAGAGGUUGCCAGCGAGAAGGUCCACACGGCCCUGAUGGAGUAUGAGACCCUCAAAUACCCUGAUGACCCUCUUCGGCUGUCGCACAUGCUCCUGCUUCUACCGGGUGUCCGAGGGUUCAGCGCCGCUGUCUUUGAGAACCUCUUCUAUCAUCACCUUAUCGGAGACACCAGCGUCACGUCCGUUCUCCGGGAACUCAUGGUCCGGUAGCCAACAUUUUCCCAUCAGAAAUGAAGAACAGAGUGGUCCUGAGGACGUCAUCACCAAACUUGAAGUGCAUUCUCGUCUUUUUCGGAGUGAAGGAAUCCCUGGCGGGUAAUCUUCUAGCUACGGUAGUGGAAGCAUGUUCAUCAGGAUGAUAGAAGUGUUUUAAAGAACUCUUUCUUCCUGUGGGUAGAAGGUGCUUAGACUUGAAUCUUUAGCCUAGAAGGCAGGGCGACGCACUCGUCGUGUGACCAUCAAUCCUCCCCUCACGAAGCCCCGAAGCCAUGCUGGCCUUUAUGAUACUGUACAAUGUUCCGAUGGACAUCGUGGAUGCACUCAAGUCGAUUCUUAUCGGUUUCAUGGUUGCACGGUCACAAGAAAGGCCAUGUUGUUUGAUAUCUGCAACGAUAUUUAAGUCAUUCCGACCUUUAUAGUUUUUUUACAUUAGCUUCAGCAACUUUGUUCUGACAGGCAAAACUCUCAAUCCAUGUCUAGGCAUCUUUUUUCUCCGACACGUUUUAAAGUGUUGCAAAGAUUUAGUUAAGGGGGACAUGUCUAGGAUGAGAAAGUUUCGACGACACAUGGGGUCGGAUUUAGAGGUAAGUACCUGCAUCUUUCUCGAUUUCAUUUCCGAAAAAUAUUGAAAUCAUUGAUCAUCGUUAUUUGCAAUGUCAGCUAUUGAAGGAUUUCUCUAUCCCAGACAUGAUUAAUGAAAAAAUAUCCUGUGGUCUGUAUUAUUCUUUGCCGAUUUUUAAGUUGGUUGGAACAUGAUAAGUUUUAGAUGAAUAAUCUUGAAUGAAUCACGUUAAGUAAUUACCCUAUUAACAUCAAAUCCCUUUUCCUAUCUAUCUGUCCAUUUUAAUUAACAUCAGAAACUUCAAGAGGUAGGUUUGGUGAGGCCGUUAUGUUGACAUAAAAUGUAAUUUUUUCAUGAUACACAAAAUAUCAACAUUCCUUCAUCACUUCCCCAGAGUGUGUUUGUAUAAUGUCUUGAGGAGUUAUGCUAUUUGUUUAUUGAAAGGAUUAUACAGUCCAUGUUUACGACCUUUUGUAAAACUUUUUUAUAACUUAUCACCUCGCUCUGAAAUAUUAAUAUUAUAUUAUAUAUUAAUAAAUAUUAGUAUUGACCUUAUCACUUAGGGGUUUUCAUAAUUAAUGUAAUGUAUCCGACUUUCUCUAUGGCAUUGUAAGUAAUAAUAUUUUUAAAUAAUAUCUUUUUAUAAACCAUGACGAAAAUAUGAGGGCUUAUUGUUGCCUUGUAAAGUGCGUUCGCUAUUAAUUAUUUUUUUCUAUUAAUAAUUUUCGGUGAUGUGAUGAUGAUAAGAGUUUGCACUGUUGCUCUUCACCUAAGAUUGAUUGAAAUUUCAUACAAUUCACUCAUUUUUUACUGUAAGAUAUACACUGAUAAAGUAAGAAAAUUUAAUCGCAAAUUAAUUUCUUUCUGUAUUCCAGGCGUAUUUCAUUUAUCAUCCAUUCGAAAAAUUGUUUUUAAAUUAGUCGAUGGAUGGGGAACGAUGUUGAAUAUCUACGAGUGUCCCGCUCUUCACAUUUCCUUCAUAUUCAAUUUACUAAAAAAAAUUAUUCAUCGAAUUGGAAAUGGGUAGAAGAAGAAUUAUAAACGCCACUGGGUGACGCCACCACAAUUGCGCCAUCUUUCUCAGCCUAACACAAAAUUUAAGAAAUAUGAAGUGAAAAUGGAAGGCAGGAUGUCCCUGUCUAAAGUUAGGGUUACACCGGAACCGAAUCAGCUGCAAAUUCAUCCGAACACACGUAUUCGGUAGGUUUCGGGAGUAUUCUGUUCUCCAAUUCAGGCGGGAUUCGGGAACAUUCGAAUCCACCGAAACCAUCCGAAUCAGGCCGUGUUCUGGCAGAUUCGGUCCGAAUUCAUUCGGGAGAAUUCGAUUUUGGUGUAACCCUGGCUUAACCCUUAUUAAACUGGGGGGGAGGGGGAUCAAUUUGGUGCCCCAAGCGCCCCCGCCCUCAUCCCAACCCAUGUUUGAAACUACUUAUUUUAGUCUUAAAUUUGUCAAAUUCAUCGACCAUUUAUUCAUAUACAAUACAAUAUUAAACUAUUUUGUAUGUACCAAAACGUUGGUAUCUCUUUCAGUGUUUUCUUUGAAGACUUGCAGUUAUGGCUUGCAAUCUCCAUAGUGAAUAACAUCGCCAUUGAGAAUAUGAUUCUUGCUGAUUAAGUAUUUACAGGAUUGUAUGUUCCAUUCUUUUUUUAUAAUUAACGUGCAUUGUAGAUUAAUUUGAUCCUUAAUUCAACUCAUUUUAGAGUUAGUGGAGGUCAACAAACGUUUGUUUUAUUCCGUUGAAUAGAAAUUCUUUAUUGAAUGUGUGUUUCUAUGUCAUUUGUUCUGUACUGUAGACUUCUCAUCACGUUUUGCCUUCAAAUUUAAGAAAUUUCAACUACUUUUUAAAGCAGACUCUAGCAUGAAUUGUGUGCCAAAUCCUUUGUACAUAUUUGUUUCGAAAUUAAAAAAAAAAGAUUUACUGAUUACAAUUUAUCAUACAUUUUUUUAAAGAUGAUUGGAAUGUAUAUAGUAUAUUUCUUUAGUCAAACAAUCUUCUCCUUUACGACUUCGUUGCAAUGAUUGUUAAUAACAUUGGCCUAUAUAAUUUUACGACCAUUGCUGCUUCUAUAAAGUGUUCAACAAAUUCUAAGAUGUUCACACUGCAAAGAAACAUUUGCUGCUCAAAGAUAUAUCAUUUAUGAUUAAUAAAGAUUUUUAUUUUUGCUUGUGGUUGAAAUGACCGUCACUAAGUUGCUGCGUACGAAAAUGAUAGAUAUAUUUGUUAUCAUUUUGUUCUAAUCGUCUGUUUUUUGUGAUUUCAUUACUCAUUUUUUAAAGAGAUUCUUUUUUUAAUAUAUAACUGUCGCUAACAGGCAGUGUCAGAAAAUUUUACAAAUUCAUUUUUUUUUAUGAGAUUGUAUCUCUAUUUGUCUAUAUUAUGUUUAGCAUUUAUCAAGAAGAAGAGUAGGGUUUCCUUGCUUGACUCGUUCAAGAAUCAUAUUGAUCAUAUCAAUAUUUGAAAAUGAAACGUUAUUUUCUGGCCAUUAUUCAUCUCCCCCCUUACCUCUCGCCUCCCCUCUUUUUUCCCCUCAUAAUUUUCCCUUCUUCCCUCCCCCUCUCUCUCUCUCCUCCCCUCUCUCGCCUUCCUCUCUCCUUUCCCCCUCUCUUUUUUCUUCUUUUCAACUUCCCUUUCACUCUUGCCUUAUCUCCAAUACGAAGGAAAUGUUGACGUAGGCAAUACCUUGGUAACUGUUUCAAUUAUUACAUUAAGCAUCUUCUUUUCUUUCUUUGGAUCAAUAUUAUAGAACGUGUUUAUUAAUGUUUUUAUUGUUCAAUUAAUUUUGUAUUUCAUUUGCUAAAUUAUACGUUAAAAUACAUACUUUCUGUGAUUUUAAAGCUGACAAGCAGGAAUCGUCAUCUAAGGAAUGGUUUCUCAUUUCUUCACAUGACGUUCAGUCGCUGAUACAUGCACAAAUGUAAAGUCAAUGAAUACUAUUACAUUCUUUUAAGAUUGAAAGCGAUUUAAUGCUGGGCUAAAUAUUCAAGUUUCCUUUUUGAAUAUGGAAUGAUAAUGUAGACGCUAUAGUAUUGGAGGUCUUAAAGGAUUUUGUAAACGUGAAAAGUCAGUGAACAUCGAUCAAGUUGAUAGUUAAUUGUCUACAAGUUGUUUAGGUUAUCUCACAAUGCAUGAUAGACGUUCUGCACGCUAUUGAAGAAAAGCGGUCCAACUUAGCACCUUGGGGAAUGCCACACUGGUGGCACCUUCUACGCGUACAAUGCCGUAGCUUUCUACUCUGUAAGGUGAACGGUUACAUCAGUAAUGGUUCUUAAAGAUCAGAAAUGAAAGGUAUAAGCUGUUGCACCUUUUAAAGGUGUCAGUUUUGACCUAUUUGGUUUCCUUCAGUAUAAAGUUAUCGUCUAACAACAUAGAGGGCAUCUUUGCAAAAUGUUGACGCCCUCUACAUUCGUUGGGAUAUGUUGGGAAUCUGAUAGGCAGUGAUACUCUUUUAAACCAUAACGAAGUAUCAAAAAAUCUCAACGUGAAUUUGAUAAGUAAGUGAAUACACUAUAAACAAAAUAAAGUGCUAAGUUUGGGUGCUGAUUUGCAGCACUUGAAGUGCUACACCCACGUACUCCACUUGUGAAUUGCCAAAUACCACAUUAAAAUUAAUCAUUCGCACUGGGCAAAAGUUACUCCGAUUGUAAUAAUUUAUACAGCUGCAAAGUUUAUAAGAUGGUUUAUAUAAAUGAACAUUUAAGAUUUAUUAUACAUAAAUCCACUUCGGUCUGUUUGUGCAAUUCCUCGACUAUAAAAUGUGUAACGUUACUAUGAUUGUUCCAUUUGCCGAUUGAUUAUGCACCAUGGUUGAAACAAAAUUUACGCUACAAAAUUCCUGGUGUCAAUUUAACACCAUCAGCCUGGUAUCCAUUUAGGAAAACACCAGAAAAGUUGUGAACAACAGCAGUUUAGUGUCACACCGAUGAUGAUUUUAUUUAAACACUAACUGGUAUUUGUUAAACGCCUCUUUGGUGUUAAAUUGACACCGGUGAUUUUGCAGUGUACAUGAUUUUUUAGAUUCACGGUACUUAAAGUAAUCCGUGAAUAUUAUUAUUUCUUUAUGUUUGAAAGUUCUGUUUAUAUUAUGGGUAUAUAUUUGUAUUUCAAGCAUUUAGUUUGAUGACCUUUAUAUUCAUCGAACUUUGUGGAAAAUUAAGAAUUAAGGAAUCUAUUUGUAUUUGUUGGUGUUGGGAGCUCGAAGAGAACAUUACAAAAAAGCAUGUACAUAAUAUUUCACAUUAUUGUCUUGAUAAAUAAAUUAUACUUGGAAUUACUCACUUAA